GUAUGCAUUUUUCGUGUUUUCGUUCUGGGGCGGAAAUUCUGUUUUCUGUAGGAAUUAAAAAGGAUUUAACCGGAUUUCCGUUCCGGUAGCCCGCUUUCCUGCCUAGUGUGCGAACGGUGUGUGGAGUUUUGUGCAAGAUGAUGAUGAAACCGAAUAAACCAACGCCGGUGAACCCACCGAAACCUCUCCAUCUGGGCACGCAUAUCGACGAUCUGGAGAAGCUGUACAUGAAGUUGCCGGCCGAUAUACGCGAUCGUGAGCUGGAUCUCAUCUGCCGGUCGGCCAAGAAGCUGAUCGAGCAAAGCGACCGCUAUUACCUCGAAAAGGACGAAGAGCAGGCGUACGUCGGCUACAUGCGACUCAUGAACCUGGUGCAGACGAUCCGACAGAACAAGGAGUACGCCCGAAAGAAACAGAUGGUCACAAAACUGCUCGGUACCCAGGCAGACUUCAAUCGCAUUUUUACUAAGCUUAAUCUCCUCAAAACUAGUCUCGAGGAGCGCUACCGUGAACAAGCCCUUCGGAAGGCAGGCGCUACACCCUCAAUCACCGUGGUUACUAAUAGCGAGCGGAAUCAAGCGACACCGACUGUUACCACUCACUUCAUCGGCAACAGACAAGCGAUUACGGCAAAGGAGCUACACGACGUGAUGAACGAUCCCCGUGUUAGUUUGUUAAUAAUGGACUGCCGAUCGGCAAAGGAUUUCGAAGAAUCGCACCUGCGGUAUUCCUAUCUGGUUAACGUACCGGAGCAUCUGCUGGUGGCUGGCAUGACGGCAGGCAAGAUAAACCAUGCAUUACCUCCGGAAUCUCGUAUACUAUGGUCGAACCGGAUGGUGAAGGAGCACGUGGUGCUGAUGGAUUGGAACACGAGCGGCAAUCCGGUAAAGGAUACCCCUAUUUACGUGUUAAACUAUAUAUUAUGCCACUACGAUCAAGACAUUGAAGAUACGAAAAUCAUACGGCUAGAUGGUGGAUACGAGAGCUUUCUGCUUUACUACCCGGCUGCCUGUACCAAUCCCAACUAUUGUCCACCGCUCGCUCUGUAUACAGCGAGCGAAAAUAUAGAUGAUAUCGAGUAUCCCAACAUAAACGAUAUUCCAAUGAAGGAGGAAAGUUUUUCGAAGCGAGGCUUCAAACCAACAAUCGAUCGAAGUAGUAAGGUUGCUGCAGUGAGUUUGUAUCAGGCACGCCAAAAACCGUUGGAAGAUAUUCUAGUUGAGCACGAACAAAUCUUAGACAAGUCGAAACAAAACGCAUUGGACAUCAUCAAUACCGAGACGGAAUUGCAGAACCUCGAACAACAGGAACCGUCCGAUGCAGGACUAGAUGAAACGCAAGAAUCGUUGCUGUUUGAGGUGAUGCAGUUAAAGGAUCGCCAGCGAGACUAUGAAGCUGAAAAGGCUCGUAUUCUUGAGGAAGAGGAAAGCUACAAGGAAAUGGAAAAGGAGAAACAGGAAAGAGGUGAACGGAUCUCCACCGAGCAAGCGGAACGAUUGGAGCGAGAAGCCUAUGAACGAAGGUUGCUGGAGAAGGAACGAGAACAGCGUGAAUUGGAGGAAAAAUGUCAGCGUCUCGCCCGCGAGCGCGAGGCAAAGCUUGCGUUGGCCCGAGAACAGAAGCGGCACCUUAAGGAGAACGUGCCGGAAGGUCCGAAAUCGUACCCGGAUCAGCAGUUGGCACAUGUUGCAACCACCAACAGUAUGCCGCUGUUUGAUCGGUCUGCGAAACCCUUGGCCGAUCAUAACCAUAAUGUUCGCACUACCAGCGACCUCGAUGUGGUACAGCGCGACUUUGCACCGGUCUACGGAAACGUGUCGGCGAGCUCCACCGUUGGACUAGCAUUCCCGGAGUGCACGAUGGUGGUUGUCGCAGGAUACAAAAUUAAGCUACCACACUACCACCAGCUUAUCCCGUACAAAAAGUCGAUUGUGCGAAUUCGUGCUUCCGUGCUCACCUGGGGGGGUCGCGGUCUCACGGGUCUGAAGAAUUUAGGUAAUACCUGCUACAUGAACAGCAUACUGCAGUGCCUCAGCAAUACGUACUUUCUCAACGAGUUCUUCCACGAUGCAUCGUUCAAGAUGCGCCUCAAUCGCAACAACAAAACACAGGGCAAAAUUGGCGAAGAGGUGGCCGCCGUCAUUAAGGCGCUCUGGACGGGACAGUACAAGUGUAUUGCCAGCAAGAACCUACGGUACGUUGUCGGACAGUACGAGCGUCAGUUCGGUGGUAUCGAGCAACAAGAUUCUCACGAAUUUCUUACGAUCUUGAUGGACUGGCUACAUUCGGAUCUACAGACCAUCCAAAUGCAGAUAUCUACCAGUUUGGAUCAGCUCCCACCAUCAGAGAAGGCCUGGAUAGAGCACUUCAAAGGCAAGGGUAGCUACAUAUCUGAACUUUUUUAUGGUCAGAUCAAGAGCACGGUCAAAUGCACCCGGUGUCACAAUGAAAGUGCUACCUACGAAUCCUUCUCCAAUCUAAGCCUGGAACUUCCACAGGA